AUGACCGUCGCAGCGCAGACUCCCAUGCAGCGAGCGUGGCCGCAGCCCUCGCAUCCGGCCGCCGUCCGCGUCGUCUCCUCCCGCCUGCUCGCCUCCAUCGACCCUCACGAAGAUGCAGAUGCAGAUACAGACUCCUCUGCAGACUCCUCUGCAGACGAUGAACAGGAGAAGCAAAAGGCCGCCUCCUUCUGUCUGACCGCCGUCGCCGCCCGCGAUAUCCCAGCUGCCUCGCUCGUCGCCCGCAACACGUCCACCACGCUCGCCGCCGUCAAGGCCUACUCGACCGUCCAGGUCUCCCGCAACGCCCACAUCGAGCUCAACUCCGACCUGCUCUACUGCAACCACUCGUGCGACCCCAACGUGCGCUUCGUCACGUCGACGCUGGCGGCGGACAGCCUGGCCGGCCCGCCUGGGGCCCCCGUUGCCGGUGCGCUGGAGGUCUGGAGCACCCGCGCCAUCCCCGCCGGCGAGGAGUUGCGCUUCUUCUAUCCCAGCACCGAGUGGGAGAUGUCGCAGCCCUUUCGCUGCUCGUGCGGCGCCAGCCAGUGUCUCGGCUGGGUCGACGGCGCGAAGAAGACGGCCGCCGAGGUGCUGCAGCGGUACUGGCUGAGCGACCACAUCAGGGCGCUGCUCGGAGAGAGAGAGGGAGAACGAGAGGGCAAUUGA